AGGAGGGUCAAAGUUUUAUCCAAACAAAUGCAGACUGUCAUCUGAAGACUAUCAACAUCUGUAACUUUUUAAAGACUUUCACUUGGAACCUGGGGGGUAAAUCAACCAACCGAACAUCCGGCGGAAAGAGUUAUCCAUUUUACUCACCCUGUGAUGGAGAGAAUGGAAUAAAUGAGCUGUUAGGUGGCGAUUGACCAUGGUCCGUUUUUUGAGAUUUUUCACGGUGGUGGGCGACGACCACCAAGCUGCCUCGAGGUGGCACGAGGAAGACCUACACAAAGUCAGCGAAGACUUGGAGGCGGCAAAACCACCGGCCACACAGCUGACCUUCAGAGACGGUCUGAAAAAUCUCUUCAGCUCGCAGAGAUUUCAGAUAGCUGUUGUGUGCUUGGUGAUCAUGGAUGCCUUAUUUGUGCUGUGCGAGCUGCUCUUAGACCUGUCUAUAAUCGAAGUGGACGAGCACCACAUCGCUCCACAGGUGUUUCACUACCUCAGCUUGGCGCUGCUCACCUUCUUCAUAGUGGAGCUGGCCUUUAAGCUGUACGCGUUUCGGCUCGAGUUUUUCCAUCACAGGUUUGAAGUGUUUGAUGCGAUCGUCGUGAUCGUGUCCUUCAUCCUGGAUAUCGUGUACAUCUCGAAAGAAAACGCCUUUGAUGGCAUGGGCCUGCUCAUCCUGCUCAGGCUGUGGAGAGUGGCCAGGAUCAUUAAUGGUAUUCUGUUGUCAGUGAAGAGUCAAGCUAAUCACAGAGUGCAAAAGCUGAAAGAAGAAAAUGAUCGUCUCCACCAUCAAAUCGGCGAGCUGAAAGAGCAUAAAACUGCAAUGGAGCAAGAGGUCAGCAAGCUGAGAGCAGUCUUAGCAAAGCACUCCAUCCAGUACUGAGGACCGUAACUCACUGUUACCAGCUGUACAAAAUACUCAUUCUAAAAGAGAGCCAAUUAAGGGAAAAUAUACUAAACUAACAAUCUAUAGGUCAGAGUUCUACGUUCGUAUUUAACGCCAGUGCUACAAGCCCGAAUCAAAGAGUUCAAAAUUUAAGCUAUACCAAUAAUCCGGUCCUCCAUUGCUAGAGCUGCUACAGCUUUCUGAACAACAAGGCCAUGAAGGAGUGUUCAGAAUAGGAAUGUGCUGAUAAUUAAUCAUUAAUAUCAUAACUGUUGCUCAAAGUUUCGCAAUAACAUUGCAAAAUUACAGACUUAACUAAAAACCUGUCAGUCGGAAUUUCUGAUCUCUGACUAGGAAAAAUUCCAAGAACUCGGAAAGCCAGGACAGUCUCCUCAAUCCCAAGUUCAGCAUGUGACCUCAAAUCAACAAGUCCGCUCACAGCAUCCCAAUUAAACGAAGUAGCCCCUUGAGUCAUACUGUAUAUACUAGAAUUUGCUUUAGUGUGUUAAUAUCUAUAACAUUGACUGUUCAGUUCACUGUGUACAGUUGAGGAGGGAAAUGUACGUCAGUCAUCACAGUUAGCUGGCUGGAUUUUUGCUUACAGAAAACAUGAAGGUAUCCAUGUUUUUGAGCUAAGUUUCUAGCUCUAACACGCAGAGUUUGAAAACGACGUAAUUCUGAGUUCCAGCUUCCUACUUCUGAGUCAAGUCGAGCGCAGCAUCUGUGACUGUUCUGGCCAACAUCCCCCCCAAUCCCCCAAACCCUACAGUCAGUCGUAUCCAGUGAUGGAUUCAUGGGAUGGUCUUCUCAACGGACUUUCAUUCUAAUUUGUCCACAAUAUUGACUGUUAGAAGACAGCUGUACUAUGUACUCUGACUUUAUUACAGGAAUCAUGAGUACAAAAUCAUGCCUAUCUACGCAGCCUUCUCCCAGAGGUCACAUGGGUAGUCCUGAUGAUUUUUGAAGCAUGUCCUAAAUAUCACAUUAUGUCAGAACAUGUAACAUGGAGGAUAUUUAAAAAGGGAAUCAACAUAAAGUUAUUUUAUGCCUGUGUUUAGCCUGCUGAUGAUAAUAUACUUUACCAAAUAUUUUGUAAAUGAAUCAAGUAUUUUCUUUUUUAUUUUAAUUGAAAACAGUAUGCAUACAGAAUAAACUAUUACAAAAUGUGAA